AUGAACGGGGCUGCAAAAAAUCUUGUUGAAAAGUUCAAUGCAGAAGGCUUACUGACUGGAAAGGUUGCUGCAAUGUUCAAUGGCAGUGAUUUAGCUUUUUCAAAUAGGGAUUGUUGGAACCAUUUGAGAAAUCUUCGGAGAAAGAACUUAGAUGUUGGAGAUGCACAAGCUAUAAGGUUUGCUUAUCAACAAUUUGGUGAUGUUAUUACUUUUGAUACAACAUAUAGAACCAACAAAUAUAGCCUGCCAUUUGCCCCUUUCACGGGACUGAACCAUCAUCUUCAAUCAAUUUUAUUCGGUUGUGCAUUGUUACAAGAUGAAUCUGAAAAAUAUUUUGUAUGGUUAUUUGAAACUUGGCUUGAGGCAAUGAAUGGAAAGAAGCAUGUUUCUAUGAUAACUGAUCGAGAUUUAGCUAUUGGAGCUGUUGUUGCCAAGGUAUUUCCAGAAACACGUCAUCAUCUAUGCUUGUGGCACAUUAGAAAGAAGUUUCCUGAAAAGCUUGCACACAUAUAUCACAAAAAUUCUACAUUCAAGCGUGAACUGAAGAGGUGCAUUCGAGAAUCAUCAAGUAUCAAGGAUUUUGAAGAUGAUUGGCAGCGCAUAAUGGUUGAGUAUAGCUUGCUGGAAAAUGAAUGGCUUCAAAGAUUAUUUGAUAUUAGAGAGUCAUGGACACCGGUUCAUAAUAGAAGCACCUUUUUUGCCGGUGUGAAUACUACACAAAGAAGUGAAAGAAUUAAUUCUUUUUUUGACUCCUUUGUUAAUUCAACCACAACACUACGAGACUUUGUGGUAAAAUUUGAGAAGGCCAUUAACAAUCGCUAUGAGGCUGGAAAAAAAAAGAAUUUUGAGUCCCGACAUAAGUCACACACUUUGACUAUUGGCUCAAAAAUUGAAGAACAUGCUGCAUGA